GGUGCACGGACGUGCUGGACUUUCGAGGUGAAUGAGUUUCGAUACUUGACUUUGUCCUUCGCUUUGCAAGUCUGUGUUCAACAAUAGUACACCCGCCAACAUGGCGCACCAAAUCGAAGACGUGGAGAUGUCUGAAGAGGAGGAGUAUGAUGAGAACGCCGACGAGGACUUCAACCCAGAAGCGACGCGCGAAGGAGAAGACGCCUCCUCCUCCUCCGAAGACGAAGACGAUGCAGCCACAGCCGCAGCAAGCACAGCAGCGAAACGCACACCCAAGAGCAAAAAGCGGAAAACGCCGGCCGACACUGUCGAUGCAGAACUGGAUUCUGGAGACGAGGCUACGAUCCAGGAACAGAGGAAGAAGAAGCGGAAGAAAGACGCUGCGCAGCGGGAUGUUGAAGCCGGGGAUAGUGGGGGCGAGGGCGGGUUUGUGCGAACGCGCGCGCAGCGGUUGGCGGAGACGAUUGAGAGGAAGCAGAGGAAGCGCGUCACGGUGGGGGAGGUGACGAUUGAUGUGCAGAAGAUGUGGGAGGAGUUGUGCGGGUUGCCUGUUGGGCGGGCUACGCUAGCGAGCUCUGGGGUUGGGACGGAGGAGGUGGAUGGCGGGGAGGAGCAGAAUAAGGAGAAUCAACCGCAGCAGCGAGAGGGAGACGAGGAGAUGAUUACGAUUGUGCGUCGGAUUGAAUACGCGGGCGAAGUGACGGAGGUGCAGGAGCAGGUGCCCAAGUCCAGCAAAGAGGCACAGCGCUACCUCGCCGAACACCCCGGGGCCGACCCGUCAUACAGACCCCCCGACAAAAGCGGAAUCCAACGCCCCCUCAAGCGGCCAUCCAUGUUCGAGCCCAAUCCCACCGCGAACAUCAAAGGCGUGCCGCGCGAUCGCCUGCGUCCCCGCGCUCCGUCGCGUCUCGACGUUCUCAUGGCGGAGAAGCGCGCGGAGGAGGAGGCGCGCAAGAAGGCGGAGAAGAUGACGACGGUGCAGAAGAGUGCGCUGGAUUGGCGGGGGUUUGUGGACCAGCAAGGCUUGCGCGAGGAGCUGGACGAGUAUGGGAAGAGCAAGAGGGGCUUUUUGGCGCGCGAGGAGUUUUUGGAUCGCGCGCAGAUGGCGAGGGAUUUUGCCGCCAGGGAGGCGAGGUUGAAGGCGUGAUGUGCGACGAUUAUGAUUGAUUAUGAUACCCUGUUGCGAAUUGUUGCUGCUGCUUCACGUGCUCUCAUAGCAUCGAAAUUCGCCUGAGGCAGCAUGUUGCCGAACCUCGGCUCGACGUGAACGCGGUCUGGCGUCACGCAUGCCCGCUCCCCCAU